UCUUCUUCUUCUUCUUCUUCUUCUGCAUCUCCGUCAUCUCAUCUCUUCAUCUCUUCGCAUACGCAUCUCUUCCUCAUCACACGUCCACCAUGGGCAACUCCAACUCCUCCACAAAACAGCUUCCCUGUUCAUCGGACAGUGUCUCCCUCAACUCAUUCAUCCUCCUCGGCUUCGUCGGGCGCGGCACCUUUGGAAAGGUCAGAAUAGUCAAACACAAACAGUCCGGCAAGCUCUACGCCCUCAAAUACUUCAGCAAAGAGCAGAUCGCCAAAGCAGGAAAUGCAAUGAACAUAGUCCGCGAGCGCAAGAUCCUCGCCCAGCUCCGCCAUCCCUUCAUUUGCGGCCUGCGCUACGCCUUCCUGUCCUCCGACCACCUCUUUCUCGUCGUCGACCUCAAAACCGGCGGCGACCUGCGCUUCCAUCUCAGUCGCCAGACUUUCACCGAGAACGCCAUCAGCUUCGUCAUCGCUGAACUCGCCUGCGCUAUAGAGUAUAUCCAUGAACGGGGCGUCGCCCACCGCGACGUCAAGCCCGAAAACGUCCUCUUCGACGCCGACGGCCAUGUCUCCCUCGCAGACUUUAACGUCGCCAUCCGUGUGCCGUCGCGCAAAUCCGACGCAAACUCGACUUCCUCCUCUUCUAGCAGCUCGGGUUCUUCAUCGCAGUCAUCUUCCACCUCCUCCCCGCCUCUCAUUGGCCUCUCCGGAACUGUCGCAUACCUUGCCCCCGAAGUCUACGAGGGCUCGGGGUACGGCACUGCCAUCGACUGGUGGGCCCUAGGCGUCGUCCUGUACGAAUGCAUAUACUCCACAAAACCGUUCCCGUCAAAGCACCGCGAAAAACUCGUGGAGCAAAUCAGGAGCGCGAGGCCGGCGUAUCCCGAAACGAGUCCGCCGGUGUCGGUCGAUGCUUUGCAGACGAUGAAAAAACUGCUGACCGCCGAUCCGAGCGCACGGCUUGGAGCCACGGGCUUAGCGACCUUUUUCGAGGAACCGUUUUUUGGAAAGUAUACUCGCGAGGGCCUUGAAAAGAAAAUCUUCAAGCCGGUGUUUGUGCCUUCGAGUGACACCUUGAACUAUGACAAGACAUAUGAAGUGGAAGAGCUUCUGUUGGCCGAUGACCGGGGCUUGCAAUAUGAGAACCGGUCGGACAAGCGAAGCAGGCUUUUAUUCCCCAGUUAUGUCGAGAAAAAGGACGAGGAGCAGUACGCCCUGAUCGAGACCCACUUCUUGCCCUUUGAUUACUCCGCCGUAACCGGAUCUAGACGGUUGGAAAAGACAACGCCUGCGCAUUCACGUGUUGUCGCAUACCACGCUGAGAAGGCUCAUUCGGCACGCUGCUCGCCUUCCCCGCCCAAAAGUCUCACCUUAGACUGCCGGUCCUUGACGCCUUCUGACUCGGCAGACAGUGUACAGAUUUUCCCACAGAGUAAAACUGUCCCUGCAAUCCUGACUCCUCCGGUAUCGCCGCAUCCUCUAGUUGGAAACGAAGACUCAAAUUCCUCUUCAGAGGCCCCGGGUCAGAUCACAGUCAUCACCACCACCGUGGUCACGCCGGAGUGCGAAAAGGUAGCAGAACCGGUCCCGAUCCGGAUCAGUGACGAGCAGCAGCGCAUUCUGCGUAAGAAAACAGCAAGGAUCCCCCAGCACUAUGUCCUCAAGAGCUCGCAUUUCGACCCAGUCAGCUCGUCCAAAGCAUCGUCGGACUAUAACCGUCAAUACUCGCAAAACUCGCAGCACUCAUCACAAACAUUCCAGAAGAGUAACAACGCGACAAUGCCUAGAUCGGGUAUCCGCCAGGAUGCCCACAAGAACGUUCGCAAGGAGAGAGCUAGGAGUAGCGACUCGGGCAGGAACAGGGCAAGAAACAGUAAUCCCAGGCCGUCGUUUGCGCCGGGAGUGUUGGGAAAGUGUGGCGCGAGAAUUGUCUUGCGCAAUUAGUGUCAGAUCUUUUUUAACAUUGUGAUAUCAUCUAAUUGAAAAUACAAAUAAAGAACAGUAAACAACAGUAAACUAUAGUAAAC